UGACUUUCCUCCAUUGCUUCUUAUCAUUAAAACUGAACACACAGCCAUAGCUAAUAUUUUCACCAUUCAAACAUUGAAAAUAAAUUGAAUUUUUUUAUUACAAAACUGAUAAAAAUAAACAACAACAAAGUGAUUAUCACCAUCACAUGCCUCUCAUCAAGAAAAGACGUGAUAUAGAGCAGUAGCUGAUGCUCUUCCGCUUUGAUGUUUUUUAAAGGUAAUCCUAUUCCUGCAAUUUAAUUACAUAUCAAUUGCAAUAAAUAGAAGAAUCAAGGAGGACAUGACAAUAAAAAGGUAGAGAGAAACUCGUGUGAUAUUUGAGGCCUUAAGAAUUCAUUUCAAUUGAUAAAACAUGCUCUCUUCAAGUUUAAUUAAUAUUAUUUUUGAUGAUUCUGAUUCCGACGAUGAUUUAGAAAUGACAAUAUCUAGUAUAGGAGAGUCAGUCAAUAGAUAUAAAAGAACGUCAAUAUGCCGCACGUCAGUUUUUGGUCGUACCUAUAUAUGGUGUAACAGAUUGCAGGGCCAUUACAAGCUUUAUCAUGAUUAUUUUGGGGAAAAUCUUGUUUAUUCUCCUAGUUUAUUUCGGAGGAGAUUUCGAAUGAGUCAAUCUCUUUUUCUUCGUAUACAAUCUGCUGUAGAGUCUUAUGACCCAUAUUUUGUUCAAAAAAGAGAUGCUGCUGGAUUUUUGGGUUUGUCUUCUCUCCAAAAAAUUAAUGCUGCAGUAAGAAUGCUUGCUUAUGGAGUUGCAGCUGAUUAUGUUGACGAAUAUGUUAGAAUUGGUGAAAGCACAGCAAUUGAAAGUCUUAAAAAAUUUGUGGAGGCAAUAGUUUUAAUUUUUUCAGAACAGUACAUGAGAUCACCUACGAAAAUUGAUACAGAUAGAUUGUUACAAGAAGGCGAUAGUCGUGGGUUUCCUGGAAUGUUAGGAAGUAUUGAUUGUAUGCAUUGGAAAUGGAAAAACUGCCCAGUUGCUUGGAAAGGGAUGUAUGUUGGUCAUGUCCGUGAACCAACGCUAGUUCUCGAAGCUAUCGCUUCAUAUGAUCUUUGGAUAUGGCAUGCGUUUUUUGGACUCCCUGGAUCACAUAAUGAUAUUAAUGUUUUGGAGCGAUCUUUCUUAUUCACAGAACUUGCCGAAGGCCGAGCCCCCCCGGCUAACUAUUCGAUCAAUGGUCAUGAAUAUAAAAUGGGGUAUUAUCUCGCUGAUGGUAUAUACCCUUCAUGGUCUACAUUUGUGAAGACUAUUCCAUCGCCACAAACUAAUAAGCACAAACAAUUUGCUGCAGCCCAAGAGUCGGCAAGAAAAGACGUUGAACGAGCAUUUGGAGUGUUACAAGCACGAUUUUCCAUCGUUCGUGGACCAGCUCGUUUUUGGCACCGUGAAACUCUCAAAAACAUUAUGAAAUCUUGCAUUAUAUUACAUAAUAUGAUUGUUGAAGAUGAAAGGCAUAUGAAAAAUCCAGAUUAUAAUUAUGAUGCUUUUGAUGCCAUUCCGAAUAUAUCAGUCUCGCAAGAGCGUUCAGCAGAGCUUUUGGAUUUUGUUCAAUGUCAUCGUCGGAUUAGGGAUAAAGAUACCCACUUUCAACUACAACAAGAUUUAAUAGAGCACAUUUGGAACAAACAUGGAUGUCAUAAUUAAAGAGCAGUAUUUUUAGAUAAUUCGUUGGACGUGGAACUUGCAAAACAUUUCAUGUUUGAGCUGGAAUGUAGAUGGAAACGCCUUAUUCAGCGUUAUAGCGAUGGUAUAAUUCGACUACGGAGAGCUGGUCAUUUCUGAAUGGACCGAGAAUCAAUAGUGAAAUUUAAUUCUAAAAUGUUAAACAUAGGUUGUUAUUUCAGUAAUUGAAAACUUUAUUAAUUUUUCUUUUUGACAUUGUUGUUGCUAAGCUAGAAUAUCAUCCUCAUGACUUUUAGCUCAA